UUUCUGGUUGACUUUCCCUUCUCAUAAUGAAAGCUAUAAUUUUAGCACUGGCAUUAACCCUUGCGGGUUGCCAACAAAAAACUGAUCAAACAGUUUUCAGUGCUGAUAAAGUUUUAGUGUAUGAUUAUGAAGUUGAAGUUCAGAACAAAAUAUCCGAAGAUGGCUAUUCAAGUGCUGGACUAAAAGCUAAGUGUAAAGUAGAAAUUGGAAAAGUUGAGCAAGACCGGAAAUUUCUAAAGGUUGAUUGUUUUGAAGGACUGGAUUACAAUGGCAUAUAUCCCUGGAUCAAGUUUGCUUCAUCACCCAAAUUAACUGCAGUGUUUCAGAAACACUUGAAGAAUUUAAUUAUUACAUUUCAACACAGAAAUGGGCAUGUCGAUGACAUAAUGGUUCCAGACCAUGUCUCAGAAUUUGCUUUAAACCUCUGCAAAGGAAUUUUGAAUUUAUAUGAAAAUACCAUCAGGAAUGACCAAAAAACAUAUAAUAUAAAAGAGAAUGGCAUUGAAGGUAGGUGUGACACCACAUACCUCCUUCAAAACACUGAAAAACCAGAUGAAUUCUUGAUGAUCAAAUCCAAAGAUUUAACUACUUGUGAUAACAUGGCUAAAAAAGUUGUGGGUGUUCCAUAUGUUAUUCCAUGUGAGUUCUGCAGACAGAAAAAUAAGAAUUUUCAAGGCACAAGUACAUACAACUACAGAAUAAAGAAUUUGAAGGAAAGGGAUGAGAAAAUAAUCAUACAAGCCACUACUCAAGAAAUUCAGCAAUUCUCACCAUUCAGAGAACGAACAGAAGAAAGUGUCAUAAUGGAGGCCAGGCAGAAACUGGAACUUAUUGAAGCCCAUAGCCGCUUGCCGCAAAUACCUUCUAACUUGAACAAACACAGGCCACUUUUAUAUACUUUUAAAGAUAGUCUUCCACUUCCUGUUCCAUUACCAAAAAUCAAGAACAGAAACAAAGAGAUUGAGGAUGGAUUGCAUUACCUGGCAAAUGAAAAUCUCCCAAAAGACAGUACAAGAUUUCUGCAUCUGGUCAACCUUUUGCGCACAGAAAAUGAAAUUAAUUAUUCUGAAGUGUUUGACCGCUAUUAUGGCCAGGCAAUAUAUAGACCCAUCAUUUUGGAUUUAAUCUCUACUACAGGUAGUUCAACAGGGCUAAAAUAUGUGAGGCACAAAAUGGUUCAACAACAGAUCACCAUGAUUGAAGCAGCCCAAACAUUGCUUGUCUUCUUCCAUUUCUCCAAUGCAUCUGAAGAAGUCAUUGAAGAAGCUAUGGCUAUAAUGAUAGACGUUCUUAAAGGUCCAAAGAGUCUCUAUCGUACUACCAUCUGUCUCUCCUAUGGGUCAUUACUUUCCAGAUUCUAUGCCGUCUCGAACACAAUCCCUGACAAGUAUCUCAAGCCUCUGAUUGAUUUUGCAACUGAAGCCGUAAGAUCAUCUGACAUAGAUGCAAGUGUCUUGGCUUUGAAAACCUUUGGAAAUGUGAGACACAUAGUGGUCUUGAAACCCAUUAUGAAGUAUCUGCAAUCUGCUGUUCCCUCCGAUAUCAGAAUUCAACAGAAUGCUAUCAUGGCUCUAAGAAAUCCUGGCUUAAAAGAUCCUAUACGGGUACAAGGAAUUUUACUUCCAAUAAUCAAGAAUUACAAAAUUGCUCCUCUAGUACGCACAUGUGCUGCUUUUGUCCUUCUGGAAUUAAAGCCUACUUUCCCUGUCUUGAUGACCUUAGCUAAUGCAAUGAUACACGAGCCUAGUAUACAGGUUGAAAACUUUGUCUUCAUGUACCUCAGUGCAAUAGCCGAUAGCAGAUCUCCUGAAUACCUAGUGAUGGCUUCUUCUUACAGGAUGGCUCUCAAAGUACUAUCUGAAAAAAGUGAAAGAUGGGCUGGUUAUUCGGCCAGCAGAUAUUCCCACAUUGAGUACUUUGACGAAAUUUAUAAGGCUCGUCUGGGACUGAAUUCAAUGUUUCUUCAUGAAGAAGAGAAUACGCAACCAACAUUUAUAAUGGCCUAUUUCAAGGCAAUCUUCAUGGGCAGCAUAUUUUAUCCUUUGGAGGUGGGAGUUCAAAUGCAAAGAAUAAAGGAAAUCAAAGACAUCCUGCACCAAGUUAGCAAAGGUCAUGAUUCACAGCAACGUCAGAAAGAGCCUUCUGACCAGAAAAUCACAACAGAUAAAUUGUCUGAUCUAGAAGUAUAUGUCAAAAUACUUGGACAGGAAAUUGUAACUGCAUGUAUAAAGUGGGAUAGUAUUCAACAAAUGUUACAGGCAUAUCAAACAAAUGUCCCUCUUCCUUGGGUAAAAUAUACUAUAGAUGUCCUUAAAAAUCUUCCAACUAUUCAAUGGGAGAAAUAUUUCAUGUCUGCAGAAAUCCAGCGUGUUGUGCCAACAUGUACUGGGUUACCUUGGCAAAUAGGUUUGGUCCAUAUUGCUCACACAAAAAUUGCUGGAGAUGUUCAGUUAACAGUAACCCCAGAACUAGCAUCCGAAAUCACAUGGCCUGACAUAAUUAACAGUGAUAUGAAACUGAAAACUAGACUGAGGCUUUGGAUGAAGAAGGACAUGAUCUUAAACAUAGGAAUUAUUACACCUGAAAUUCAUGCCAUUCUAGAAAGCAAGGCCACAGUGACAGCAAACGUCCCCAUAAAUAUAGAUGCUGCUAUGAAUAUUAAAGAAAACACCUUCAAAUUUGAACUUCCACCAUGCAAGGGAGAAACAGACAUAAUUUCUCUAAGAUUGAAGACAUCGGCUAUCACAAGCAAUACAGAAGAGGCACCUGCUGCUCCUGUUUUCUUCCCUGCAAAUCAGUCUAGAACAAUCGAGUCCUUUGAAAAGUCAUCAAUAAAAGGGGAUGAAAGGAAGGACAUACUUCCAUCAGAAAAAAAAUCAGCGGAAAAUCUCGAUGCAUCAUUAAAAAGUGGAAUGGAAUCAGUUCGCCAAACAAAGUGCUUUGAAACCUGUACAUUUGGUUGUAAGGCUUGCUUUCACUGGGCAAAUAUGAAUACUGCACAUGUUGCACAAAAAUCUAUAUACAACGUCGUUGGAGAACAGGUUCUCAAAUUCUCCCUCAAGGAAUCUGAUCCAAAUGUUCCAAUUGAGAAGCUACGAUUCACCAUUCGAGGAGAUGCUCGUGUUGCCAAUCAGAUGGUGCAUUUGUUUAAAAAUGAAGAAAAGGAUCUAGCGAUUAAUAAAUUGACAACGAUCUAUUCAGGUGACACUGAUGAGAGCACUGGAAGUUCAUCAAGCAGUGAGAGUGGUAUGAAGAGAAUUAUAGGUCUAAAACAAGUUCCUACCAGCCAGCAGCAAGAUAAUGAUCAAGAACAACUGGAACAGGAUCACAGGAGACCUCAGUUCCAACAGCAUCAUGAUACUAGCAGCAGCAGCAGCAGCAGCAGCAGCAGUGAUAGCAGUGACAGCAUCCAAAAUGAUACACAUAUUUAUAGAAGACAACAAGAGGGCAAGGGUUAUCUAAGUGGUGAAAAAGAUGAGGAUAAAAAGAAGCACACCAAGAGGCUAGCUGCCGAGGAUGAUAAGAAGGAACUGCAAGACCAAGACCUGGCAAAGCUUCACUUCAGGGAAAGCCAGUUCGAACAAUCAAGCAGUCCAUUGUCUGAUGGAAGGAGCAGAAAUGAGUCCAGCUGGAGGGAAGAGGCAAAAACUCCUGUUUUCCUGCCAUAUCUCACUGCUGUGCUUGAAGCAGUUAGGAGAGACAGCAAAGAACAGGGCUACAGGUUUUCCUUGUAUGAAAAGUGUGACCGCUACAAAACCCAUUUCCAAGCAGUUGCAGGUGAACUCAACCAAACUAAAUGGAGAGCAUGCUUUGAUAGCCUUAUGCUACCUUCCAAAUUCCAGUAUUCUUUGGGCUGGGGAGAUGAAUGCAAGGAUUACAAAGUAGAACUCAAGAUGUCCACGGGCAAUGUUGCAAUUUAUAAAGCUAUCCAACUGAAAAUGAAAUGGACCGGGCUUCCUUCCCUCCGAUCCAGACAUUCUUUCAAGUGGUAUUUACUUCUUGGAAUUGCAUAUCAGUUAGGCUUUUCCACAACUUAUCAGAGGAAUCCUGCACGUGAGAUUAUAGUCAGAAUUAUUGAAAAAUCUCCAGAAGCUCAUGUUGCCAUCAUUAAAAUUCCUGAUGUAACCUUUUACAAGGAAGAUUUCUAUCCUGAAUUUUUUCCCACUGGCAUCCCAACUCCGCAUUAUCAGAAUCCAAAAUUAAGCAAAUUGAAUGUAGCUUUAUGGCUGUCCAAAGAAGUUGAAGCUGUGUGUGAAGUACGGGAUGAAAGGAUUACAACCUUUGACAACAAGACAUUCAACACGAGUAUUGCCAACAGAGAAUGUGACCUUCUGGUAGUUAAGGAUUGCACCACAUCUGGCAGUUAUAAGUCACAAUUCCAAAUAUGGAUCCACAAUCCCAAACCUGGUUUCCCAAAAGAAAUUCACAUAUGCAUUAAUUUAGCAGAAAUCACAAUCCAAGAUUCCUUAGGGGAGCUGACUGUGUUACAUAAUAAAUUACCAAUACCAACAAAUAGAGAAGGGUAUAAAUACAACAGAGAAAAUGUUGAAAUUUUGAGAACAACCAAUAAUGUUAUUAUCAAGGCUCCCGAAUUUGGCUUGGAAAGCGUGGCAUAUGAUGGUGAAGUACUGAGAAUAAAAACUUCUGCAAAAACACAAGGCAAAACCUGUGGACUUUGCGGAGACUACAAUGGAGAAAUGAAACAUGAAUACCUGAUCCCAUAUCAAGCUGGCAGAGAGCAAUACUGAUUUUUAAUUCCCGAACUUCAGCAGGAUUCAGAAACUUCAAUGGACUCGAUUUAAUCCAAGAAGACCCAAGAUGACGCAAGAAGACCCAAAAGAUCUUGUCGGCGAGAUCUGACUGAAGAUAGGAAAGACCUUUCCCAGAUAACCUCUUUCAGACAAAUACUUUGACCAUAGAUGAACUAAAUAAUUUGAGGGAUGUGGAAGCCCUAUGUAAUGUGAAUAUUUUAUGCUAAUUGAAAAUAAAUUAAAAAUAUCAAAUGUGCUAAUCAUUAGAUGAAGGUCUCAAUAAAUGCACAUCAUAUUAAAUAAA